AAGAAUGUGAAGCCUAUAAAAAGAAAGGAUCUUCACUUGAUGUGAACGAGGUGAGCAUUUGCCACAACUUGUGCUACAGCUACAAAGACAACUACAAGAAGAAUUGCUGAAGAAAAAAGAAAAUCUGCUGCCACACAGAUAAAACAACUGAGUUAUCAUCACAGUGACGGUUUUGAGCACUUUUUAUCAGAAUAAAUCAUGGGAAAGAUCAUUCAGGAUAACACAAAGGAGCUCCCCCAGGCUCAGACAAAUAAGAUGAAGGGACAAAGAGUCAGCCGAUGCCCGAUGUCAGUACAAAUGAAAAACUACCAGAAUGGUUCUAGCCACCAAGACACACUGUACCACCGAGCUGUCAAGAAUCAGAUCUGCAAACCCAAAAUGUGUGAAGGCUCCAUAAUGAAUCCAAAGCCUUUGGUUCGUUCUUCUAAUUUUUCCUCACCUUCCGCCAACGAGCUCCUCACACAUGCCAUCGACUUCAUCAACCAAUACUACAAAUCCUUCAAAAUCUCUAAAAUAGAUGAACAUCUGGCCCGUGUUAAUGAAGUGGCCAAUGAGAUUGAUGCCACCGGAACUUAUCAGCUCACCCUUGAAGAGCUGGCAUAUGGAGCCAAACAGGCUUGGAGGAACGCUCCGAGGUGCAUCGGCAGGAUUCAGUGGUCCAAUUUACAGCUGUUUGAUGCACGUAAAUGCAGGACCCCUAAGGAAAUGUUCCAUUUCUUGUGCUCUCACCUGAAAUUUGCCACAAAUGGAGGCAAUAUAAGAUCAGCCAUCACCAUCUUUCCUCAAAGAACCGAUGGCCAGCAUGAUUUCCGUGUUUGGAACAGUCUGCUUAUUAGAUACGCUGGCUAUCAGAUGGAAGAUGGCCAAAUUAUUGGCGACCCUGCUAAUGUGGAGUUCACUGAGAUUUGUGUCCAACUUGGAUGGACACCAAAAUACGGGGCCUUUGAUGUGCUGCCACUGAUCUUGCAGGCCAAUGGAGAAGAUCCUGAACUCUUUGAAAUUCCUCCAGAGUUGGUGCUGGAGGUUGAAAUGGAGCACCCACAGUAUAAGUGGUUCAAAGAUCUGAACCUCAAAUGGAAUGCAUUGCCUGCGGUUUCUGGCAUGAUGCUGGAGAUUGGUGGCCUUGAGUUCACAGCAUGCCCCUUCAAUGGCUGGUACAUGGGCACUGAGAUUGGUGUGAGGAAUUUCUGUGAUACUCAGCGCUACAACAUUCUGGAGAAAGUGGGACGUUUAAUGGGGUUGGAUACACACAAUCUUUCAUCACUGUGGAAGGAUGAGGCUCUGGUUGCCAUCAAUGUUGCUGUGAUGCACAGUUUCCAGAAAAAUAAGGUGACCAUCACAGACCACCACUCCGCCGCCGAAUCCUUCAUGAAGCACAUGGAGACCGAAGUGCGUCUGCGUGGUGGCUGUCCUGCUGACUGGGUAUGGCUGGUGCCUCCCAUGUCUGGAUCUCUGACCCCUGUGUUCCACCAGGAGAUGAUCAACUACAUUAUGUCCCCCUUUUACUACUACCAGCCUGAUCCCUGGUUAACAUAUGUCUGGAAAGACGAGACAAAAGGACUAAAGAAACGCAGAAAAAUUAGCUUCAGCGCCCUUACAAAGGCAGUGGUGUUCGCUCAAAUACUCAUGCAGUCUGCCUUGAAAAAGAGAGUGCCUUGCACCAUCCUCUUUGCUACUGAAACUGGAAAAUCACAAACCUUUGCCAAAAAGCUCAAGUCAAUGCUCAGCAGUGCUUUCAAUCCCAGGCUACUUUGCAUGGAGGACUACAAUUUUCAGGAUCUCAAGAAUGAGCGGUUUUUGAUGGUCAUCACCAGUACAUUUGGCAAUGGAGACCCUCCAGGAAACGGCGAGAGUUUCAAGAAGCAGCUCAUGAACUUGAAUAGGAUGCAAAACAACAUGAGGUACUGUGUUUUUGGCCUUGGAUCUCGCAUGUACCCGCAGUUUUGUGCUUUUGCCCAUACUGUGGACAACAAGUUUUCCGAACUGGGAGCCAAACGCGUGGCUUCCAUAGGAGAGGGAGAUGAGCUCAAUGGACAGGAAGAGGCUUUCUCUACCUGGGCUUGCAACAUGUUUAAGGCUGCCUGUGAGGAAUUUGGUGUUAAGGGCAAGCUUUCAGGGUCAGAACAUCUAACAGAGACCUGGGAUGCUCAGAGAUACCGAGUUCAACCUGACAGCAGCACCCUAGACCGCAUUUCAGCUUUGUCAGCGCUCAACUCUAAAACCGUGUUUCCCAUGAAGCUGAAGAAGAGAAAGAAUCUCCAGAGUGCCGAGUCAAGCCGCUCUACUUUAUUGGUAGAACUUGAGGUGGACAAUGGGAAAGAUGUCUUAAAGUAUGUUGCUGGAGACCAUGUGGGCGUGUUCCCAGAAAAUUCAAAUGAGCUGGUGAUGGGCAUUCUGAAGCACCUCCCCAAUUUUCCUCCCUCCAAUCAGACUAUCCAACUUGAGUACCUGCCGGGGACUGGCUCUGGAGGCGAAGGAUGGCAGACAGAUUCUCGUCUCCCAGCAUGCUCUGUAACCCAGGCUCUUACAUACCUCCUGGAUAUCACCACACCACCUUCUCAAAGCUUCCUACGCAAGCUCUCACAGUUGACCGAAUCAAAUGAUGACCGACAGCGCCUUCAAGAACUGGCAUCGGACUUCAAGUGUUACUCAGAAUGGAAAGAAUUCCGCAAGCCCAACUUCCUGGAGAUUCUGGAGGAGUUUCCUUCCCUGGAGCUCUCUGCAACCUUCCUCCUCAGCCAGCUACCCUUGCUGAAGCCCCGUCUCUACUCAGUUAGCUCCUCCCCUGAUCUCUACCCUCAUGAGCUUCACCUCACUGUGUCUGUGGUCAACUACCGCACCCAAGGAGGAAAGGGUCCAAUUCAUCAUGGUGUCUGCAGCACAUGGUUCAACACACUCAAAGAAGGACAGACAGUUCCCUGCUUUGUUCACGGAGCUGGCGGAUUCCACCUUCCUCCAGAUCCCAACACUCCAACUAUCCUAAUCGGAGCUGGAAGUGGCAUCGCUCCAUUCCGCAGCUUCUGGCAGCAACGCUUCCAUGACAUGAAAAAGACAGUUUCGCAGGAGAGCUCUAUGAUGCUGGUGUUUGGAUGUCGUAGUUCAGAUGCAGAUCAUCUUUAUAAAGAGGAAACAUCUCUCAUGAAAGAAAAUGGCACCUUGAAGAGCAUCACUCCAGCAUACUCUCGCCAAGCUGGUUACCCCAAGGUGUAUGUUCAAGACGUCCUGAAGAAGCAGCUUAGUGAAGAGGUUUGGGAAGCCUUGAUCCAUAAGUCUGGACAUGUGUAUGUGUGUGGAAGCAUGAACAUGGCCCGGGAUGUAGCACAUGCUAUACAAGAGAUCUUGGUUAACCGUUUGGGUAUAACACUCUCACGGGCUGGAGAAUUUCUGGACCAACUGAAGGCUGAUAAGAGGUACCAUGAGGAUAUCUUUGGAGCCUAGGUCUGGAAGAAGCAGCACAGGAAGAGCUGUGUUAAAAUUGAAGGAAUAUGUUUAUGUUUAUCAUCAUGAGUUGCUUUAACAUCAGAGAUCCAAAAGUCACUGGUUGAGAUCUGACAAGCAGUAAUACAUAUUGUAUGUGUGUAAAAUAUAAUCGUUUUAUUUCUACCAGUCUAUGGCAUUAUUAUGGAAAUAUUUCUAUGCUUAUAUAAUAUUGAAUGUCUCAAUGACAUCAUUCUGUCAUUUUUUUCUAUCUUUUGUACAUUAAUAAGAUAUAAAAUAUAACCUUUAGGAUUGAUUGGUGUUGCUGAACUCAUGACUUUCUCGAUGUAUACAUUUUGUAAAUGUGUCUUUGGUAAUAUUACAAUUGAAAUAUCUUUUAUUUUUAUUUUCAACUGAUUAUUCAGCCAAUGUGUAUGAAUGAAAUUGUACAAUAAAAUGAAUUAACUGGAA